AUGACUCUUCCCUGGAGCGCUGCACCAAAGUCGAUCCCAAAUAGGUUACGUAUGCCCGACAUCCCCAAAUACAACGGGACCACGGAUCCAAACGAGCAUGUGACUUCCUAUACAUGCGCAAUCAAGGGGAACGAUCUGGAAAAAGAUGAGAUUGAGUCGGCAUUACCAAAGAAGUUUGGGGAAACUUUGUCCAAGGGAGAAAUGAUAUGGUAUCACAACUUGCCCCCAAAUUCCAUUGAUUCGUUUGUUAUGCUUGUAGAUGCUUUCGUAAAAGCCCAUGCCGGGGCCAUCAAGGUCGAGACUAGAAAGUCAAACCUUUUCAAGGUCAAACAGAGGGAUAACGAGAUGAUCAAGGAGUUCAUGUCGAGGUUCCAGAUGGAACGGAUAGACUUACCUCCGUCAAAGAUCAGAGUCGAGGACGACCAACUCGGGGCCUCUUCUGGAUCUAUUUACCCCAUCAGACCCAAAGAUAGGUCUAAGAGGGCCAUUGAUCAAGAGCCAAGACUGAUCCGAGACCAGUAUCAAUCAUACAAUGCAGACCGAAGGGGAAACGAAUCUGGGCGUCAUCCCGCAAGGAACGGGCAGAGAAGAGAUCGAGGUGGCCGAGGCCUGAUGAGCAAAAAUGGGUUCGAUAGGCCGCUAGGGAGCAGGGAAGCACCGAGAUUAUCGGAAUACAACUUCAACGUGGACGCUGCUAGCAUCGUGUCAGCCAUAGGACACAUUAAGGAGACCAAGUGGCACCGAACUCUGCAGUCCUAUCCGACACAGAGAGAUCCCAAUUUGAUGCGUAAGUAUCAUGGCACUCACGGCCACAUGACCGAAGAUUGCUGA